ACAUAGGAGUAGACCGGUGAAUGAGCGCUACAUGAAAAGCGGUGAAGAUGGAGCUGGAAAAACAAGCUUAAUAAGAAAAAUUCAGGGAAUCGAGGAGUACAAGAAAGGAAGAGGACUGGAGUAUUUGUAUUUAAAUGUACACGACGAAGACCGGGAUGAUCAGACAAGAUGCAAUGUGUGGAUCUUAGACGGAGAUCUGUAUCACAAAGGCCUCCUCAAGUUUUCGCUGGAAGCCAUUUCUCUGAAGGACACUCUGGUGAUGCUGGCUGUUGAUCUGUCAAAGCCUUGGACUGCUUUGGAUUCUUUACAGAAAUGGGCAAGUGUUGUUAGAGAGCAUAUUGACAAAUUGAAAAUUCCUCCUGAAGAAAUGAAAGAAAUGGAACAAAAGUUGAUUAGAGACUUCCAAGAAUACGUAGAGCCAGGAGAAGAUUUCCCGGCUUCUCCUCAGAGAAGAAAUACUGCGUCACAGGAGGACAAAGAUGACAGUGUGGUUUUACCUCUGGGUGCGGAUACGCUUACACAUAACUUGGGCAUUCCAGUACUAGUAGUUUGCACAAAGUGUGAUGCCAUUAGUGUAUUGGAGAAAGAACAUGACUACAGAGAUGAGCAUUUUGACUUCAUUCAGUCACAUAUCCGGAAGUUUUGUUUACAGUAUGGUGCAGCACUUAUUUACACUUCAGUAAAAGAAAACAAAAAUAUAGAUUUAGUAUAUAAAUAUAUUGUUCAGAAACUCUAUGGAUUUCCGUAUAAGAUUCCUGCUGUUGUUGUGGAAAAAGAUGCAGUAUUUAUUCCAGCAGGUUGGGAUAAUGAUAAGAAAAUAGGAAUAUUACAUGAAAAUUUUCAGACAUUGAAAGCAGAAGAUAAUUUUGAAGACAUCAUAACUAAGCCCCCUGUCCGAAAGUUUGUGCAUGAGAAGGAAAUCGUAGCUGAAGAUGACCAAGUGUUUCUUAUGAAGCUACAGUCCCUUUUAGCAAAACAACCACCAACUGCAGCUGGAAGACCUGUGGAUGCCUCACCAAGAGUUCCAGGAGGCUCCCCUCGAACACCAAAUCGAUCCGUGUCAUCCAAUGUUGCCAGCGUGUCACCUAUCCCUGCUGGCUCAAAAAAAAUUGAUCCAAACAUGAAAGCUGGAGCCACAAGUGAAGGUGUCCUGGCAAAUUUCUUCAAUAGUUUGCUGAGUAAGAAAACCGGAUCCCCGGGAGGCCCGGGUGGUGGUAGUCCUGGAGGCGGGGCUGCAAGUGGAAGCAGUGGUCUACCACCGUCCACCAAAAAAUCAGGUCAGAAGCCUGUCCUAUCAGAUGUUCACGCAGAAUUAGACAGAAUUGCACGGAAACCAGUUACUGUUUCUCCUACAACACCUACGUCUCCUACGGAAGGAGAAGCUUCUUGAAGAUACCAAAUAAAGCCAUUUAUUCACUUUUCUGGGAUAAUGUAAA